ACCAAACAGCCACACAAAGAAUUGCCGCAGGCCCGGCCGGGGAGCAAAUGGGCGAGGCGCCUUCGUCGUCCACGGCCGCGGCAGCGGUGUACGACUACGAGCGUGACCCCCGGUGGGCGGAGUACCGGGCCAGCCUAGCCGUGCCGCCCCACCUCUUCUCCCACCCGAACGUCCGCGCCCACCUCCAGCACAAGUUCUACCGCCGCUUCGUCGAUCCUGAUUUUUCUGUUAAAGGAAUGUCCUCAACCACUUCUUCCCAGCCCUCAGCAUCUUCAGAGGGAGCAUCUACCUCAGCUAGUGAAAAUGCAAGGCCUCUUGAUUCAGGCACCGUUUCUGCUGGACCGUCAAGAAGCAGACUGUCAUUACAGUUGGACCAGCAGUCAUUACAUUUUUCUGUUAAUGCUUGGGUUCUUAUAGUCGCCUUGAUCGGCAUCCUUCCAAUAGCACCACAAUCGCUACAAUACAAGGGAUAUUGGUUGUCACUUCUUGGAACAACAUGCACAACAGCUACCCGAGUAGGGAACACACAGGCUGUUCAGGCAUGGUACCACCAUGUAACUUCAUCAAAGGAUUUUAUACCAUUCAUGUAUUGCCUUAUGUUUGUUACCUCUAAACUGCGCUUGAAGUGUAAGCAUAUUUUUGUUUACUUUGACACGAAGCUCAGUCAUAUUAUUUCCUUGUGCAUAACGAGUUACUCUUUUCUGGCAGUUGUUUUGGUACCUCUAAUUUGUUGGGCACCUGAACAUGUGGCCAGAUUUCUACAGCGCCAUUUUACUAAUUCCUCUUUGUACAGGACAUACCUGGAGCAGCCCUGUACAUGGGAUGAGACAAACAUGACUGCAGUCAACUUUCUGUGUUCAAAUGCAGAGAUUUUGUUGGGAUUUCUUUUGAUCCUAUCUCUAUUCUCGCGACAAUGCAAUGCUAUGCAAACAUUCAUGUACUGGCAGUUGCUGAAGCUCAUGUACCACUCUCCCUUCACUGCUGGUUAUCAGAGUUAUAUGGCUUAAAAUUGGCCGGACAAUUAACCCCUAUAUUCACCGUUACACCCCAUUUCUCCACAAUCCGAUAAAUGCUGGCAUGAGAUGGUGGUUCAGGUAGGAUGGAUGCGACACCAGCAGUCAUGUAAAGGGACAAGGAUGUUUUUGGUAACAUUUCACAUUUGACCCAAGGGGGAUCUUUUGAGUGAGGUUCAGGUUGUGAGUAGCGUGUUAUUCGUCCUUUUUGUGGCUCUGAUGAUAAUUUUAGUUAGUAUGACAGUAACUCUUGUAACUUUGCGCAUAUUGUAGAGGCAGUCGAGAUCUUGAGAUUACAACUGAUAUGCCUUUUCUUUUUAGAAGGGAAGAUUAUUACCAGUAUGUCAUGAACUGAAAUUAGAUGAGUUAUUUAUUGUGCGACCGAAUCCAUGUGUUAAUUGUUUUUCCGACUUACUGAUUCCUAACAUGUAUCAAUUUAUAUCGUGGAAUCGAAAAUAUUCUUGAA